CGAAAUUAAUUUGGUUUUUAGUUUAGCCAAACGAAUUUAAUUGAAGUUUAGCACCGACAUCUGCAUUAAUUAGUAGUCGCACAACUUAAUAACUGUAAUUGAAUUCCAUUGGACAUUCCCCUGGCAAAUUGAGCGAACAAAUGGCUUGUUGUCCGCACAAUUAGUGUCAGAAGGGGGUGGCUGAUUGGUUUCGAUUGUUGGCCAACCCGUCAAAGCUGUCUGCAACUGUUCUUCAGCGGUGCUGUCUGCCCCAAUUGAUGAGACUGUGCAUCGAAGCCAUGUUCCCGGGCGACUGCACAUCAUCUCCUGUGCUGUGUUGCGCGACAGACCAGGCAGCUCUCAUGCAUCCCAGGCACUUGAUGGCGAAGACCUUGCUCGUCGCGACACCGCCAACGCUGCGUAUGAGCAUUGUGCAGAUGACUUUGUCGAUUUGCUCGCUGCUUUCAUUAUCAAUGUCAAUGUAGUGGAACCGUUUCACUAUUCGCCAGAUCUUUCCGUCGCUGUUUCUGUGGCCGACUGUUUGGUACUGUCUCACCCUGAGAUGAGGGAAAGAGGUCAUACAGUAGGUCCGAUUCGUUCAUUAUUGUUUCGAUGAGCAAAUGAAGGAAAUGACUCUCCACUCUGAUAAGACCUGAGACUUGAGCUGUGAGCAAUGCCUCUCUCUCUCUCUUUCUGCACUUUCACUCUUAGCCUCUUCUCUUGUUAUUGCAUUGAUGGGGGAGAAGAUAUUGAAUGCUUUUGUUCAGUUUACACAUUGAUUUGCAUUCACAUUUGCAGUUUAUUGUCCGAGAGGUGCGGAGGCACUCGCACAUUCGUUAUUUUUAGCGCGAAAUUACGAAAUAUUUUCUCCGUUUCUGCUUUUGUGCUUUUCUGAUUUGUUUAUUAAUUUCUUGCAUUGAAAAUGCGCCUACGUAGCGUGAAAUAUUGCCGGGCCGUUUUCGUCUGUAGGAUGAGCACUGCGGGCACCGAUGGAGGAGGCGGAGGAGGAGGCGGAGGUGGAUGUGGAGGAGAAGGUGCACCGCCCUCAACGCCAUCACCGUCUGGCCACGGACCGGGUUCGGGAUCAAGUCGUCGCCUCAGCCACUUGUCGGGCAGCAGCGGAAGCACCCGUUCAGGAGGAGCCGCCACCAUGGGCAACGUGGUCGGCUGGCUGAAGCAGGCUUCCAUCGAGGUGCGCGACGCAGGCACUCGCACCCUGUCCAUGCUCCAGAGCAGCAAUCCAAACUUUCGCUCGCUUGAUCUGUCGCUGGGAACGCCGACGACCACUGUGCCCACCGCGACAACCGGACCCGCCGCGGCAUCGAGUGCCGCCGCCUCCCUGUGCGGCUCGACCAACUUUGGCAACGAAGAGGACCCCAGCGGCAGCCAGUCCUUGACGCCGCUGCUGACACACUCCACGCGCGCGUACGUCUACGCCUCUGUCAGCCAGCCACAGAGUCCGCGCCAUCGCGGUUCAGCGUCGCGGGCAGCACCUCCAGGCCUGAACGGCCGCUCCACGUCGAUUUCCUCGCAGCUGGAGAAGACCAAGAAGCUGCUGAAGAUGACCGAGGGCGACGACAAGCCCCUGACUAUUUUGCACUACAACGAUGUCUACAACAUCGAGUCCAUGGCUGAGACGGAGCCGGUGGGCGGGGCAGCCCGAUUUGCCACCGCCAUCAAGAGCUAUGCACAUCUCAAUCCGCUGGUGCUCUUCAGCGGAGACGCCUUCUCGCCCAGCAUGUUGAGCACCUUCACCCAGGGAGAACAGAUGGUUCCGGUGCUCAAUUCGGUGGGAACACACUGCGCCGUCUUUGGCAACCAUGAUUUUGAUCACGGCCUGGAUGUGCUGGUGAAAUUGAUCAAACAGACGGAAUUCCCCUGGCUCAUGUCCAAUGUGGUGGACAACGAGACCGGCCGUCCCUUGGGCGGGGGCAAGAUCUCCCACUUCAUCUUGCACAACCAGAUCUCCAUUGGCCUGAUUGGGCUGGUGGAGCGCGAGUGGCUGGAGACGCUGCCCACCAUAGACCCCAACGAAGUGACAUUCAUCGACUACGUGGAGGCGGGCAAUCGUCUGGCCCGUGAGCUGCGCAACGAGGGCUGCGACCUGAUCAUUGCCCUGACCCACAUGCGCACCCCCAACGACAUCAAUCUCGCAGAGAAGUGCAACGGCAUCGACAUCAUCCUGGGCGGACACGACCACGUCCGGGAGGUGACGGAGAUCAACGGCAAAAUGAUCGUCAAGUCCGGAACGGACUUCCAGCAGUUCUCGGUCAUCACCAUCGAGCGGGAUCCCGCCAAUCGGGAGCACUUUACCACGGAUGUAAAGUGUGUGGACGUGACAGCCAAAAUACCGGAGGACCCGGAGCUCAAGGAGGAACUCUCCAAGUACUCAAAGUUCAUUGAGAGCAAGCUGUCGGAUGUGAUGGGGGUGUUCAGCGUGGAGCUGGACGGACGCUUCUCCCGGGUGCGCACCCAGGAGACGAAUCUCGGCAAUUGGGUGUGCGACGUGGUCCUGGCUGCGGUUGGCGCCGAUGUGGUCAUUCUCAAUGGCGGCACCUUCCGCUCGGACCGCAUCCAUCCAGUAGGAGCCUUCACCAUGGGGGACCUGGUAAAUGUCAUACCCAUGAGGGAUCCCCUGAUCCUGCUCGAGGUCAGCGGCCGUGUCUUGUGGCAGGCCCUCGAGAACGGCGUAUCGGCCUAUCCCAAGCUGGAAGGACGCUUUCCCCAAGUGGCUGGCAUCAGCUUCGCCUUCAAUCCACUGGCAGAGCCCGGCAAGCGCAUCGAUCCCCAGUUGAUCCAGGUGGGCGAUGAGUACCUCAACUUGGAGCAGACCUACAAGCUCUGCGUGAAGAGCUACAUCUUCAUGGGCUGCGAUGGCUAUACCAUGUUCAAAGGUGUCAAUGUUCUCAUGGAUGACGAUGCCUGUCCAGAGCUGGGAAUAACACUGCAGAAUCACUUCAAGGCCAUCAAUUCGCGCAAGUGCGGCCAGAACACCAAGCACCGACAGUCGCUGGUGACGCUCUCGCGGAGGCAUAGCCUGGUUCAGUGCUUGGACAGCAUGGACUUGGACGGCCCAUCGCCCAUCCGCAAGCUGUCUGUGGGCCACCACAACAAGUCGAUGGAUCUGUCGCAUGGCAACUCGCAGAAGAUGCUGCGUCGUGCCUCCCUCGAUGAUCUGGAGCAGUCCUCGUGCGAACUGGCGCCGCAGCUGGAGCAUCGCAUCGUGAUGAUUCAAAACGAAGAGCAUCAUCGGCAGCUUCUGUACAAAAAGGAGACGCAGAUUAUGAACUCUACGAUAACCGAGGCUGAGGACGAUUACAAGUCUAGACAAUUUGAUUUUAAGCCAGGGUCCGGGGUGGAGAGACAUAUUUGAUAAGGAUAAGCACAGACAGACAAAGUAUUUAGCUAGUUAGUUAGUUUUGCAGGCCAGUCCAAACCAGACCCGACCAGACCCCUGGGAUCUAUCACCUAUUGCUGUCCAUGUAUUGCUGUUCUUUGUUACUGAUCUUCGUUUUGGCUAAGUUUCGUUGUAAACGUUUUUAAGGCUCCUCCAAAACUAGAUAUUGAUAUUAUGUAUCUGUAGUCCUUAUGUGUACCUAAAGAUUACCAAUAGUUAAACUUAAUUUUAAUUAGAUAAACUGAUUGAUUCACAGCUGA